GGAUCCGCCCUUGACUCAAUAUGGGUGCUAAUGAACUGUUGUUUAGGACAUUGAUUUGUGGUGACAAAAGGGCCGGCUUGUCCAUUUUUUGGGCUGACGAUGGGCUUGACACAGGGCCUAUCUUGUUGCAAGAAGAAUGCGAUGUUCUUGAAGAUGACACAGUGGAUACGCUAUACAAGAGAUUUCUCUAUCCUAUUGGGGUAUCAGCGGUAGCUCGAGCCGUUGACAUGGUAGCUGACGGAACUGCCCCGAAAGUGACCCAAAGCGAAAAAGGCGCCACUUACGACCCGAUGUUGAACAAGCCCGACUUGCAGAAGAUUAAUUUCGAAAAAACUGGUGUGGAGCUGCACAACUUUAUUAGGGGAAUGGACUCGGUUCCAGGGGCCAGUUGCCAACUGCGACUGCCCAACAACGAAGAGUUUCAAGAGGCGCUGCUGUUUGGGUCCAGUUUGUGGAAAGGGGCUGUACCAAUAGGAAGAGAAGUUGAAAUCCGGGGAACAACUGCAGGAAUUAUCCACGAUGGUGGUUUGCUCCUAUGUGGUUCUGAUGGAGACUACGUGAAUGUGAAGCGAGUUAAAGUGGCCGGCCGGAUAAAAAAUGCAUCAACCCUCGACCAACAAACCAAGCAACUCCAAUUGGAAUACACUGCCGAAGAAAAAGAACAGCUCGAAGAAGUCCGAGACAUUUGGGAGGCGAUCCUCAGUAUCGACAUCGAAGAUGAUACCGACUUCUUUGCUUCUGGGGCCGGCUCUAUGGAUGUCGUCAG